AUGCCUUCGCGCAACGACGAUAUGCACCGCCCCAAGCGAGUGGACCGUCCAGUCUCGGAGGGCGAAGCCGUUCAAAUCGCGACAAACUACGAGAAGCACAGCAGCACCAAGAGAGUGGACCGAAAUGGCCUCAACUGGAUCGUCGAGAGCAAUCCUCAAUCUCUGAAUGGCGGUAUUGUAGGCGACCAUAGUGCGAACAGACACCUUCCGACUGGAGCACAUCUCCCCAUGCGAGAGCACAAGGGCGUACGUCGCAGCAUCAAGCGCUUCCGAUGA